AUGGCCAAAAAGAAUAGAAUUACUAAUAUUGGACAAGAAUUUAUUAAAGCUUCUAGAGAUAUCAAAUUAUUAUGGGCAUCAGUCUUUUUAAGAUUACUAUCGUAUGGGCUAACAAACCAAGUUUUAACUCUUUUUUUAAACAAAAUUAAUUUAGAUGAGUCCAAAAUCGGUCUAUUUAUGUCUUUGACUCUUGUAGGUGAUGUCUUUUGUUCAUAUAUUUUAACAUGGUAUGCCGAUGUUUGGGGCCGUAGAAGAAUUUUGGUCUAUGGUUCUGUUAUGAUGUGUUUAAGUGGAAUCGUAUUCGCUACGAGUGAAAAUUUCCAUAUACUUCUUUUAUUUGCUAUUAUAGGUGUCAUAUCUCCAUCCAGUGAUGAAGUAGGACCAUUUAAAUCUAUUGAAGAAUCCAUGAUCGCACAUCUUUCACCAAAUAAUAAGAGACCAGAAAUCUAUGCAAUUCAUUCUUUAGUAGGCACGAUUGGUUCUGCCCUAGGUGCUAUUGUAUCAGGCUCAUUUAUAUCAGGAUUGAAACAUUAUAAAUUGGCAAAUACAGACUUACAAUGUUAUAAAGCGACUUUCCUUUUAUAUGCUUUCUUUGCAUUUUGUAAAGUUAUUAUUAUGGUUUCUUUGUCUGAAAAGACUGAAUUAGAUUCUCACUAUUCUAAUGAAGAACAAUUGCCUGAAUCUAUAGUCACAGAUGAAAUGGCACCAUUAUUAGAACAACGUAGGAAAUCAAUUGAUAUCCAACAAGAAACAACAAGAAUUUCAGAUUCAUUGAAUGAAAGUACUGUAACACAAGGUGACUAUGACCAAGACUCAAAUAAUCAAAAUCAAAUUAAUUCAAAUAGGUUGUCUCCAGAGACUGUAUCCAUUUUAAUGAGAUUAUUAUGUAUUUUUAUGAUAGAUUCCUUAGGUGCAGGGUUUAUGACAAGUGGAUGGAUGGUCUAUUAUUAUAAGAAAUGGUUUCAGAUGGGUUCAUUUGCCUUAGGUUCGUUAUUUUUUAUGAUUCAGAUUGUUAUGUCCAUCUCCACGAUUCCCUCGUCUAUCUUACCUAGAAUUUAUGGGCCUGUUAAGGCUACUCUAUUAGUUCAAAUUCCAUCUGGUGUAUUUUCUAUUUUGAUUCCAUUUGCUGCUAAUCAUCUAUUUAUCUCCAUUAUUUUACUAAAUUGUUUCUUUGGUACUGCAGCCAUGGAUGUAACCUCAAGACAAAUUUUGUUAACUAAUUUAAUACGCCCAACUGAUUUGACUAAAGUAAUGGGGAUAGUAAACAUAGGUAAAACUUUUGCUCGUUGUAUCGGUCCAAUCUUUACGGGUAUGCUAGCUGAACGUGGUUAUCUAUGGUUCUGUUAUAUUAUCAGCGGUGUUUUAGUUAUUGCUGCUGAUUGUAUCUUAGCAUGUUCAUUUUUACAUGUUGACAAGACUAUUUUGGCACAGAUUAAUGGAGAAUGA